AUGAGGACUGCCGCUUGCUCGUCCAAAAAGCUCUCUCCGUUUUCUCUGUUACUCCAGACCGGUUCGGUUCAGACCGGUUCGGUUCAGACCAGUUCGGUUCAGACCAGUUCGGGUGACCCACGGUCGUCAUUGAAGGCGUCGGUGUCGCCACUACGGCGCUUGUAUGCGCCAAUCGUACCAUCUCACGAAGAAGACGGUUCGCGAGUUUACGUGAAUGGCUCCAUCAUGUUGAACGACUUAGCCUUGGGUAAGCGCCUUUUCGCGGAUGUGUACGCGGCUCGUGCGGCGGUGAAUGGCUUGUUAUCCAUGGACGAGUGGCGAAAGUUGCAGCAGAUAACCGAAUUGGAUUUAAGUGAAUGCCAGCUUGUUUAUGUCGAGUUGGCUGCGAUCAUUUCUAUGUAUAUCAAGAACGCGUUCGGCGACAUAUCGAACGCGAUUAAAACAUUAAUUCAGACGUCCAUGGGUGCCGUAGCACCAACUAUUCUGCAACACUGGGUUACCGGUUGCUUGCUCUAUCGUUCUGGAAUUUGCACACGGAAACUUUCGAACUUCUGUUUAGAUAUUUUAAAGCACGUGCCUGGCCAGCCGCUAUGGUUACUGGAGUGUACCCGAAAGGUUGUCAAGAACAAAAAAGUGCGACAAAGAAAGCCUUUACCGCAGGGCAGGCCGCGGUUCCUCGCCUUCACCGAAGAACUGGCCGUCACGAUAACUGCACCCAGCUUCGCGAAACUGGCCUGCGCCAGACCCGCUGUCAUUGAGAACUACUGUCACGUCCGCAAAAACAUUUCGAGUCCUGGCACCAAUCCCCUUUCUUCUAGCACCAGCCCCCGUGGUUCUAACAUCAAGCCCACUGGUUCUAACAUCAAGCCCACUGGUUCUAACAUCAAGCCCACUGGUUCUAACAUCAAGCCCACUGGUUCUAACAUCAAGCCCACUGGUUCUAACAUCAAGCCCACUGGUUCUAACAUCAAGCCCACUGGUUCUGACAGCACGAAGGUGUAUCAGCCGACGGAGGGCUUCUUUACACCAUUCGGGACGGGAGUGUUGAACGCCCUGUCAGGGAGAUCCUUUCGGGAUGAGAGUGCUGAAUGUUCAAUACUGACGAAAAUGAACCAGCUGUUCGCCUGCCACGUGGAGAAAUUGAGCGGCGAAUUUGAGGCGAAGGAUUUGGAGGCCUGCAGUUUGGACUACUUCGAACUGGCAUCAAUCAUCGAAAGGCAUAUAGAAGGGGCGUUCGGAACCGUUAGUGACUGCCAACUGAGAAUGGUUGCCACAGCACUGGGAUACCGACGCCGGUCCGUACUGAUUCGUAGCUGGGUAUCCGGCUGCAUCCUACAGUACGUCAAAGCCUCCAUUCAAGACCUCAUCACGUUCUGUACAGAUCAACUCAAGUACAAACCACCUACUGACCGCCGCAGAACUCUACUGUGUUUGAGAAACAGAUUUGAACCUGUCUCCCUCUACCUACAAAGACCAUGCACCUUUCCUAAGCAAAUGCUUACAGAAAUGCUCAUAGGCCUAGACCGCAAACUCUCCUUCGCCCAACUACAGAACCUCACCACCGCCACCAUAGAACAGCAAAGGCAGUACUUGGCUCACGUUGCCGCUGCCAGACGUCUGAUCGACCGCAAAUCCAACGCCCUCGACGACGUUAGCCCCCUUGACCUCGCACCUCAAAGGCCGCCGGCCCGCCACGACCUCGUCCCUGCUGGUCCACCUGCCUCUCACCAUCCCGUCCCUGUUGGUUCGCCGGCUUCCCACGACCUCGCCCCGUGGGGUCCACCGGCUUCCCACAGCCUCGCAGCUUCCCACGACCUCGCCCCUUGGGGACCACCGACCUCUCACGGCCUCGCCCCGUGGGGUCCGCUGGCCCCCGAUGGCCUUGCCCCUUGGGGACCAGCAGCCUCUUCCGGCCUCGCCCCUGUUGGUCCGCCGGCCUCCCACGCCCCUUGGGGUCCAGCAACCUCAGGCGACCUCGCCCCUCGGGGUCCAGCCCCAGGCCACCCGGCCCCCCGGGGUCCGGCCCCAGGUGGCCUCGCUCCUUGGGGCCCGCAGGUCGUUGAUGAUUUCUCCCCUUGGGGUCCGCAGGUCGUCGAUGAUUUCGGCCCUUGGGAUCCGCCGGCACCCAAGAAGCAACGCGCCGGUGAGCUGACGUAG